CCUUUUUACUUGCUUUCAUCGUCGUAUGUGGGGGAUUUCAUUUCUCAGUCUAAAGUUUUGAUUUUGCUUUUCGCGCACGAGCUGCUUGUGGCCAUCAUAUGAAAUGGGCAAUUAUGGAUUGGAUUCUUUCGGUUGAUUUCGGGCCAAAUGACGUGGACUCUGCGAGAAACCUUAAUGAUUUGUUGCCAAGUUAGUUCGUAGAAUCUCAUUUUGCCCUCUGAAGAAUGGUGUCGGAACAACUGACUUGCAAGGUGCCUUCUGAGGAUGCUUUGGUUAGUGAGGGCAAAGACAACCUCCUGAUUCCUUUUCACACGCAGAUUACAGAUUCUGUAUUAGUCAAUCGAUGCCCUCAUCGUUCGGAAAUUCAAAGCAUAAUUCUUGCCGAAACUGACAGCACUGGUCACUUGAUUUUGGGAAGCGUGGAUUCUUAUGGCCACCUCAUUGUUUCCAAACUUGAUAUCAGUGGUAAAAAUGUGGACAAGAUCACGUACUCGGUUUUGCCUCAAGAUUGUGGUGUCGGUGAGGGCAGCUGGGCUGGAGUGUGCUUCAGUCCAAGUCAUUGGUCCAUGGCAGCUGUUGCACGAAGCUUCAGCAAAAGCAUCGAUAUCUAUGACCAGGAUAUCCAUCUCCGGACAUUGCGAACCCUGUGGUAUCCAUCUUCGCUGAACUUCGUACAGAACUUAGGCAGUAAUGGGGGUGGAAAUUCGAUACUUGCUGUCACUGAAGGAUGUCAGCUGACUAUAUGGGACCUGCGAAUAAAGGAGAAUGGAGGCUGCCUGCAAAGAAUUUGUGGAUCUAUAGGUGACAUCUUCUAUGCCGUCUGCAGCUCAUCUAGAGACAACAUAGCUGUGGGUGGAGCUGACCGCACUGUGACCAUAUAUGAUCCUCGCAGGUGGUCAGCAUUAUCUAGAUGGGUGAAUUGCUCAAAGUAUGAGAUUACAGGACUCUCAUUCUCUUCAGUUGAUCCCGACUACAUAUACAUACAAGGGAUGGAUUAUGAGGUAUCUUGUGGGCAGUGGAAGAAAAGUAAGAAAGCAUUUACGUUUAGAGGUGAUUCGAACUGGCUUGGUUUCAAUAAGUGUCCCGGGAAGGACGUUUUGGGCGGAUGGUGCGACUCUGGUAGCAUCUUCGUGGCUGAUGUCGUGGAAAGAUAGAAAAGAAGACAGGCGCUGCACUCAAGGACUUCGGCGAAGGGGUCCUUAGUUCGUUCAGCGUGUUUUAAACAGUAGAAAAAGGAAACAAAGCAUUUCCUUUGGAGAAUUUGAUAUCAUCAGAAGAGGCAAAGCACGCCAGCUUGUGUGGCCGGUGGUAUUGUGAUCAGUUCCUUCGAUAUAAAAUGUAAAGGAUUUGAAAAUGCUCUGUUUCCGGGCUACAUAGUGUGAGUUGCUGUAUCUAUCAAAGACGCUUUGAAUCAGAAAAACCUGUUUUGAUUCAUUUGUAACUCUAUAUGACAUCUUUUCCGUGGUUC